GUCACAGAAUGCAAAUUGUAAUAGCUUCUGUUGUUCAUCAUUGUUCUCCUCUUACAGCCUCUACCGUGCCUAACAACAACUCCACCUCACUCACUCUCGUUCUCACCGUACCCCAGAAACAUCUUUAUUCCAAAAAGGCACUCCUGGUGUGGUUCUGGCACCCUUACGAGCCAUCGCCGGGCCAGGUCAUGAGCUACUUCAUCACGUACCAGCAAGAAGGAAGUAACUCCAAGACGGUUAUUACGGUGGAUACCGCCUUUACGUCAGAAACCCUGAGGAACUUGCAGCCGGACGAGCCCUACAGGGCAUUCGUCAAGGCAGUUCUCAACAGCACCGAUGUUCCUUAUAUAGACAGCGCCCUCACGCAGUUUGAAACACCAAAACAAAUUGUGACCCCGCCUUACGAGGGAAAGCCCGGUCUCAUGAAGGGGCUCAUUACCAUGGCAAUGAUGCUCUGUUUCUGGGUCUUCGUCGUCCUCCUCUUCUUGCGCCAGUGGCGAAUAAUCCGCCAGCUGGAGCCGACACCGACCACGCGGAGGUUCCACCUCGUUCACGACGAAGGUGAUGGAGUCGACAGCGGUGGCGUCGCCGUCUACAAGCCGUACGAACCGCAAAACAUCGACACCAUACGCGUGGUCAAGAAUGCCAGGGAUAGCGUCCUCAGCGGGGAUAGUCCGAAGCGGAUGUCGUUGAAGCGCUCGUCGUUGAAGCCGGCGUGGGCCGACAUCAAAGAAGACGACGAGGAGGUUGAGUCCGAUGAUGAUGACGUCAGGUUGUCGACGCGGAGUUGAUUGAUUUAUAGUGGGCUUCUAUAUACACUCGACUGCGAUGUGUAAAUGGAGUCCACGAAACUUGCCUUGUAUGAUUAUUUUCUACCGAGAGUCUGAUACUGUAAUGCCUGUCUGAAUUUCCACCAAUAUACAGUUACAGUUCCAAAACAUUUUCCAAAUUUAUGCACCGUCUCUAUAUACUACAUUGGUUAUCAGUGACGACCCUAAAGAUACCAAGAGGCUCGCCCGACAUAGAAACAAAUGAUGUACUUUUCCGGCAUUCGUAAUUUUGACAUGUUGUAGUUUGUUACAGGGGGAUGCAAUGGUUGGUAACUAGGGUCUUUGGGGGGGGGGGGGGGAAUAUCUUAUUUUGUGAACUGUUAUAUUUUAUCAAAAGAAAGGGCUAUUGCUACAGGGGUCCUGACUUGAUGUGGCAUGGAUGGAGGGUUUAGAAUGGCACUUUUACGAAAGUAAGCACCAGUAGUUAGUAAAUACAAUCUGCCCAUGAGCGGAUAAACGUCAUUGUUAACAAUUGUACCCCUUAGACAUGGAUACAUGUUCAUAAAAGUUAUGCUAUCAGUAUUCUUUUAAUCACCACAGGGUACAUUGUCACACACAAGUGAAAUUAUCUCUGAAGAGGGGGGGGGGGGGACAAACAGGUUGGUUGAUAGUGUUCAAUACUUAAUGGAAACUGUGUUCCAAUGAACCUACGAGUCAUCACCAUUCAUCCGGAAUCAUGAACUACUUCUGAAUAUAUCAUAAGUUAAAGGUGUCCAUGCAUGGAUAUAUAGUCGUUCGUAAAGUAGGCAACUUGGCGAUCACUACAUAACACGGAGCCAACGGGUAUUACGCUCCCGCGCGUAAAAACGUUGUGCUGCCCUCUGUAACCUCACGCACGAGCGACUUUAAAGUACUUCGUUUUGGCUCGGGUUGGCGGUGUUUAAAGUUUAGGCUUAUAGUUUAUUCAAGUACUUUUUGAUUGGUAGGAAAGAUAUUCUGUUGCUGGUGCUGGGUAAAUACAGUGUGUCCCAAAAAAGUUAACAGUUGGAAAAAAAAUACGUGUCUUUAAAUAGAUACAUAAAGGCCUAUGUCAAAAUAUUCGGAGGGCAAGUGGGUAGGUAAGAGCUUUCGCUAUGAAUUGAGAUCAACCAAUUUUAUAUAAUGUUAUGCUUGAGUGAGCAAAAACCACUGAUGUGAAAGAGUGGUAAAUAUUAACUUUAUAAGAAUUGAUAUUUGUUGUUUGAUAUGCAUCCUGAAAAUAUUAUGAAAUAUUUAUUUGCGGACAUUUUUUCCAAUUGUAAACUUUUUAGGGGUGGGGAUCACUGUUUUUAUCCUUUUAAUUGUGAAUGGAAAAGGGUUGAGCAAGAGGCCCUCAUUUGACCCUGAGAUCGGUUUUAAAUUCAAAAAUGGAAACUCUUGCUUAGUUUUACUUCAAUCUAGACGGGAAGGUACUGGGGUAUUCUAGCAGACCGACAGUCCACGAGGUCGACAGUCUGCGAGACCGACAGCUCACGGCAUAGACCCGGGAAAAAUUACAGUCAGAAGGAUCACGAGGCUAACAUGUCGGUCUCAUCGGCUACCGGUCCCCUGAAUCCUCAGAAUACUUCUUCAGGAGACUAAUGAGACCUGAAAUUUGUGGUCCAGGGGGGUGUUUCACAAAGCCUUUGUUCAAUGACAAAUUACAAAUAUCAGUGACAUAUCUGCUGAUAACCAAUCAGAAGCAUGGAUUACAGUAGCUUAUAACAAAAAGUGUCAUUUGUCACUGAUGACAAGUUUUGUGAAACGCCCCCUGAUGGUUGUCGGCAUCGUUGGUUUUCGGUCUCGUGAGCCCUCUGAGAAUUUUUCAGAAGACCUGUUAGACCAACAUGGUCGGUCUCCUAGGCUGUUGGCCUUUCGGUCUAUACGCACAAGAGAUGAAGAAAACACACGGAAGAAACUGCCUUUUUGGCGCUCAAGGACUGAGAUGAUCCGUUUUCCAGAAAUUAAAGAGGACGCUAACGGAACGACUUCCGUCUUUUAUUGUUUUAUUGAUUGGUGAUUCACCUUGUUUAUGUAUAUAUAGAGAAAGAAAAAAUACUUUACAUUCUUUGAUACUUAUAUUGCUAAUUUUUCUAUUUCAAGUUUUGAUAAAAUAGUUGAUUUACUCUUUUUGAACGCAUACAUUUAUAUUUUUGUUAAACUUUUAUCAAAAGAUUUUUGACGCAUAAAUUAUGUACAGAAAUUCUGUUUUUGAUCAUUUGGUUAGGAAUGCAUCCCUCGCGUUGCGAAACUUCCAGGAUUGUGCGAAAAUAUUUAGAAACUGUUUAUUUGUUGACAUUUAAGAAUUAUGUAAAUUUCUAGCACAACUGACUAUUAGACGCAUAUAAGGCCUAUAUUAAGUUCAUUUUGUCGCAAUAGUAAUACAUGUAGUAAUAAUGAUAGUAGUAUUAAUGAUUAUAAUCUGGAUUUAUAAAGCGCUUAAUACGAUAAACCGUCUCUAAGCACUUCACGUAUUAUUAUUACCCCGGUCAUUUGAUUCAUUCACGCACACAGUGUGCACCAUCUCCACUCCCUGGAGAGUAUUCUAGUCACAGUGAGGGAAAAGGGUAAUUAAUAACGUAAAUGCUUUUUUCAUCCUACCUGUUCCCCAUUCCUCUUGGGUAUGGAUUGGCAAAUGUAGAUUAAUGCGAAAGCGCCCUGUUACUGCCGUGUCGGGGAUCGAAUCCACGACUUUUGCAUUUCAAGUCAAGUGCUUAAACCACUCGACUACGUCACCUCUAAUGACAUCCAUAUUGCCAGAGCGGUGCAAUUAUAACUCAGUAAUUGAAGUUAGAGAGGAUUGGAAUAAUUUGAAUAAUUUCCUCAUUAGCGAGAGAUAAUGAAGAAAUUAUUCCAAUGAAUAAUAAAGCUGUAAUUACUCAGUGGAAGAUUCGAGUAAGAUAUUUAUCUUAUCUUCGUAGAAUAUACGAUUUUCUUGAGUAAAUAUAGAAACUUUAUUUAAAUACAGCAGCGAGAAGAUUGCUUGUCUAGACAUUUUUCUGGAGAUUAUUUAAAUGUACUUCCACAGCUUUACUGAACCUAGUUAAUAUUGCCGGGGAAUAUAUUUUUCCAUUCCUCUUCCUUUUUUACAUUCCCUUCAAAUCGUCUUUUCUCUUUAUGUGAGAAACAAUCUUCGAUGUACAACGGAGGAUGCGUAGACAUUGACUGUUUUGGAUGCACUCAUUUAGAAUAUUUGAAUUGUACUUUGUUUUGUUUAUUAAUAUCCAAUUGCAGACUGAAACAUCACAAUUGAGCAAGAAUGUGGCCAUAUCUUAGGGGUCCAUAAAAACUUCUGCAGCGCGACUUUAUUUGUCUAGAAAAAUUAAGAAAAAUAACACAUUUGAAAACACAUCACUAUUAAUAUGCAAGUACAUGCAGCUUAAGUACCCGUAACAAGAUAUAUCUACAAUGAACGAUGUACAAACUGUAAUGCUAAUCGUCUUUAAAUAUAGAUCCAUAGGAUUUUCGUGCAUUACAUUUUGAAUAAGACCUAGUGUUAAACAAUACCGAAAAGAAUAAUGCUAUGAUGAAGUGCCUAUGCAUCAAUUUCUUAAAUUGUAUAUUUAAUUAUUUAUUCUUAUGAUGAUUAACAUUCGAGAUGUAUAUAGCUCAUAAUAACCUGCGGUAUUGAUUAUUGCAAUAUUGGUAAAUGGACGGUGUAAAUUGUUCUGUGUAUUUGUGUGUAAGUUAAACACAAUUCCAUUGUGUGAAUACAAUAUUUUCGUCAACAACACAUGACCUUUUUCGACGUGCACUUCACAUUUACUGAGCGGUUGAAUAGGGGAAAGGGAGGCAAUAGUGAUUCGGAAGAUUAGGUUGAGUUUUCUUUCCGUUUUUCGGCAUUUUUUUCUGAAAGGAGGAAAAAAUCAUGAUCUGUUAUCAGAAUAAUAUUAAUCAUUAUAAUAAAUGAUAAUUAUGAUAUUGAUGAUGACGACUAUAGAUUAAAUCUACUGUAUUUUUGUGUAAAGGAAAAAAAACGCAAUUUUGGCAUCUCAUAAAUAUUUGAAAACAUGAGUAGAUAUAGACCGACUUUAUGAUGACAUCAAACCUGAUCAAUAUGCUCAAAUGAAAGAAUGAUUUUACGAUUGAAUGAAGAGAAACGAGUCAUAAAAAGGUGAAAUAACAAAAAUAAUGUACUGUAUACCUAUCAAACAUAAAUUUUACCUUUAAUAUAUUUGACGUUGGUGUGUGACGGAGUUUUGACAACCAAAUACCAUGUUGCAAUAUUAUUCCCCAAUUUGCAGUCGUGGUGUGAUAAUUAUAGCAAUAGAUCAUGUUUUUAUCUAAACCGAUUUCCACCAAAGCGUAAGUAACAAUUUGCAGGCAAAUUGUGCCCAGGCUCAUUAGUGCUGUCCUUCGAAACAUUUUUACAGGUGUUUUAGCAUAAGGUUUUAGCAUAAGUUUUUAGCGUAUCCAUGAUAUGAUUAUGUUAAGAAUGUUGUAAAUAAUAAAUUUUACGCAAAAUUCAUGUCAUUUAGAUCCUGUUUCACAUGUGUUUUUUAAGGUGUACUACCAACCCCUUCAUUCUAAAAGGAUUGAAAAAUAUUGAAAAGUGUUGAUAUCUUUCUGUUUGUUUUGGGGUAUAAUUAUGUCAAGCUACAUUAACUCAGACUGAUCUCCUAAAAAGAAAGGAUUUAGAGGUUUACUUUCUUGAUAUAAUAUUUUACCAGGAUAACAUGAGAGCACAAAUAGAAAGUCAAACGGUUAAGAACUCUUUGUUGAAUUAAGUGUCAAACCCUCAAGAAUGGCUGACUUUUUUUAGGUAGAAAAAUCAGCAAGUAAAAACAUGGUGUUUCUGUGAAUAUCAUUUUGCUUUAAAGCCCCUCUGUACUAGUUUGGUAUGGAUAAUUAUACCUCCCUGCGAGGUCACUGACAGGUGGUUAUCUCAUCAAAUCAGCUCUAAAUUAACAUAAGAAAAGGGGCAACAUGGGGAUCAACGGGUACCGCUUAGGAAUUGUUGGCUGUAUAGAGGGCGCAAGUAGCUAUAAGUAAUGCAGUGGGGCUUUAAGUAACAAAAUGAAAUAAACAGGAGAGGUUCUGAGAUAUUUUAUAAUGGAUUAGAUCCUGUUGCGGUCGGUACCUUAUAAUAUACAUCAUACAAUUGCUGCCUUGUGCAACCAGAUGAAAUGCUUGGUGUACACUAAUUUAUUUUAUUUUCAAUUUAAAAGACUUUUAUGGAAAUGAAUUUUCUAAUUAUUGUUUAUGUAUUUUGUAGAAUUUCGUAUACAUCAAGAUUCUUUGGUUGUGUAAGUUGUAAUAGAUGUUAAUGUCAUGAGGUUGUUCUGCAAUUUUUUUUCUUGCAGACAAUUCGGUACCCAAUGCCAUAGUAACGGUUAUUGUUAAGACCCCGAAGUAGUUGGGGGAUGUUAGGGUUAUUUAGGGGCAGUUCCAGGGGGCGCCCUUCUUGGCGCCCGUGAACAAAUCAAAAUAAAGUCAAACCAGUCUAUAGCGACCGCCCAAGAGAAACACAAAAAGUGGUCUUUGUAGACAAAUUCCUUUAGUGCAUUUUUCAAUGAGAAACAAUUUUCAAAGGAAACAAAACAUAUGGUCUUUGUAGACAGGUGGUCACUAAAUCAGGUUUGACUGUAGUAUGGUAUAUGGUCGAUAUCUGGGCCAAAUGUGGUGCUUUUAGAACAAUCUGAACCAAAAUAUCCCUUACAUCCCCCACUAUAAGUUGUAACAUCUUGUUUUAAGACUGUCUUGUGCAGAGUAAACCGUGACGCGUAUACAAUAUAUUCCUUUGGAGAUGCUUUGUUUGAAAAUAUACAGUAUAAGUCUUCAGAACUUUUUUUCUGGAACUACGAUUUGUCAAUAACUUCUCAUUCUGUAAAUAAUUGAUUUAUAAAUCUAGUUUGUCAUAAAUAAACACUUUGAAGAAAAAAAGA